AUGCCUCCGCGAUCUUCAGUCCACACAUUCACGAGUAUCUCCACGAGGCGGCCCAGGUCUAGGACGACUAAUCUGGUAACAUCGUCUGUAGUCGCUUAUCGUGCACAAAGCACUUCCGAACCUCGACCUUCUCCUCCUACUACUUCGAAUACAGCUCAUACAAGACCCGCUUACUCUCGUGCGAACCUAGCUGCAUUCGCUGCUGAAGGUGAACUAUUAACGGCAGCCUCGAAAGGUCCACCAAAACAUACACUGGCUUCCAAUUCUGCAUCACAUCCACACCCACAACCUCAUCCUCAUCCUCAUCCUCAUCCGCAUUCUCAGAGUUUCCCUACUCCACCAAGACCAUCAGUCUACCCUCGUCCAGUAUUGAAAUCGAAUCCAUACGCCGAUAGAUAUACUAUAUCAGAAGCUGAAUUAGGGGAACAAGUAGAACCAGUGCAAAGCAUUUCAACCUCUCCUGUUUCUGCUUUUGCUUCUCAAAAAUCCCAUCCACGUGCACCCGCUGAAUCACACCCACAAUCGAACACCAAAUCUGUAAUAGGAGAACGUCGAGGAAGGACUCUACGUAAAGGGCGCCAUGUUCAAACGCAAAUACAAUCGCAUGGUCGAGUACAAAGCGCUUGGAGAAAUCCAAACCCAUCUUCAGAAUCAGAAGCAGGAACAAAACCAAACUCAACGUCAACAUCAACAACAACAACAACAACAACAACAGCUUCAUCACCUAAAAUCCACCUCUCGAUUGACGAAUACAUCACUUUACACGAAGGGUAUAUAACGUAUACUUCCUCCAAAAGUAAGAUCUACAAUGCGGUUAUCACCUGGAAUAGACUAAAAGAUGCUUGCACUUGUAGACAAUGUCGUGACCCCUCAACUAAACAAAAGCUGAUAACAACAGGCCAAGUCAUGAAAGGUAUACUAUCAGAUGGGAAACCUUAUUUCACAAAAGAUAGAAAAGAAGGUGAAAACGGUAAAACAGGAGGAGGUUUGAAGAUUAUAUGGAAAAAAUCGGGUAAACGCUCAAACUCAAAUGUCAAUAUGGGAUCCAAUCUAAACUCAAGUAUAACUCAUCAUGAGUCUGAACUCACCACCUCGAUACACGGUAAAAGUGAGGAACACGUUGAUAACGAUAUACAGAACGAAGUUCGUCAUGAGGAGGGCGCCAAUGACCUUGAGGCUGGUGUUCAAGUCAGUGCAAAUCAAGAUGAUAACGCGAUAGAAAAUCCGACAUUCUCAAAUGCACAUAUACAGUAUAUAGGAAGAAGCAAACUUCGAUCAAUGGCAAGCCCAUCUUCACAUCAUUCUAAUAUCAGCUCGUUAUCUCGUACAUUAUGGGAGGAAAAAGAUAUAAAUGAUUCAGAAUCACUUAAAAUUGACUUCGAACAACUGGAAACUAAAGAACCUGAGAUAAUGCUAAGUUUACUUGAACAACUCCAUGUUUACGGAUUAGUGGUCAUUAAGAAUGUGCCUACGAACCCGACAGACGAUCAAUCUUGUUAUCUGCGUAAAGUCAUGAGCUGGAUAGGCGAGAUCAGAAAUACAUUUUAUGGCGAAACAUGGGAUGUUAAAAGUAUGAAAAAGAGUAAGAACGUUGCCUACACCAACCUCGAUCUUGGGUUACACAUGGAUCUAUUAUAUUUCUCAUCACCACCUCGAUUUCAAUCAUUACAUUGUCUAAGAAAUCGAGUCAAUGGUGGAAUGUCAUAUUUUGUCGAUUCAUUCAAAGUAGCAUCUGAUUUACCUAGAAAUAUCUUCUCAACAUUACAAGAUAAUCAUAUUCCUUAUGUUUAUAACAACGACGAUCAUUUCUUGAAGUUCAAACAUCCAAUCAUAAGUCGAGGAUCCUCAACAUGGGAUUUACAUUCCGCUAUUAAUUGGUCACCGCCGUUUAGAGAUUGGAUAGAACCAUUCAGCACCAACCGAGGUAAUCCUAGAUCAAACAAUAAUCCCGCCGUAGCGGCUCAACAAGAACAGUUGUUAUUUGAAGCCAUAGCUGUAUUUGAAGAAAGAUUGAGUGAUCCAAAAUAUCAUUAUUCGUUCACGAUGAAAGAAGGUGAUUUAGUCAUGUUCGAUAACAGACGCGUUUUACAUGCUAGAACUGGAUUCUGGGAUAAGACCGAGGAACAACGUAAAGAAGAAGGAAUAAAAUUGAUUGAAGGUGAACCUACAAGAUGGUUGAAAGGCUGUUAUCUAGAUGGUGAAGCAGUUUGGGAUAGACUGGCUGUGUUGAAGAGACAAGUUGAUGUGGACAGGAAGCAAGACUUUCGGAAACUCAAAGACGAUGCUCCUGUGUAUACGUAUCCUCGAACUAAAGAUUCUUCAUCUGAUGAACUGGAUUGA